AUGGUUCGCCUCAGUCUCAUCAACCUAGUAGCAUGCUCGAUCGGGGCCACUGCGGCUCAGACGGUCGACGGCUCAGACCUAGAUCUAGAGGUCGAUAGCGUUACACACCCCGAGCCGAGGGUCACCACUACAAUCCCUUACCUCGGCACAACUAAGACCUGGACGACACUCCGUCCCUGCAGCACCGGCCCGGUCAUCGUCGUCAUCCAGACCCCCAUUAAGGUAACACAGUGUGGAGGUCACUCGGCCACGACAUCGCACACAGCGACGCAGACCACGCCCACCACCGUGACGUCGUCAGAGACCAAGACGACGAACACCGCCAGCCAUACUACCACAUCCUCCUCCUCCUCCUCCAAGUGUCCAGAGCCCACGCCCGGCGGGCCCUGCCGCGUCCGGUACGGCUGCCCAGCCCAGGGCCUCGACAUCGCCUACUACGCCAACCCCUUCGGCGGCUACAGCCGGCAGGGCAGCGGCCUCUCCUCGUCCUAUUACCUCACGCAGGACCUCCGCCCGCGCGCCGCCUCGCUCACCAACCAGACCUACUUCCCGCAGGACACGCCGCCCGAUGCGUCCGCCUUCCCGCGCGUCUACCCGCGACCCGCGGACCUCCCCGGCGCGUGGUACGCCGUGGGCUGGACGCGCGCCACCAACGGGGGCCUCGCCGUCGACGCCAAUAACUUCACCGUCGUAUACACGGGCUUCUAUCGCGCGCCCGAGUCGGGCGUCUUCCGCCUAUGCACCACGGCGGAUAACGAAAACGACGUCUUCUGGGGGCACGGCGCAGCGUUUGAUUGCGUCACCGGGCGGGCGGACCCCAAGGCCAGACCGACGGUGGUCUCGACGGGCGGCAACUACAUCAACGGCAUCAACUGCACCGACGUGACACUCGCCGAGGGGGAGUACUACCCGCUACGGAGCGUUACGGGCAACUGGCAGGGCCCCUCGGCGUUCAACCUGACCGUCAAGAGGCCGAGCGAGUCGUUUGAGAAUCGCAAGAACAUCUUUGACGGGCUGGUGUUCCCCCACUCGUGCGGAAGUUACUUCUGA